CGGUCUGUGCCUAGAUACGAUUUACAUAUCUUAUGUCGUUAGAAUAACAGAUGAAUGACUUUAAUGAUCGUUUCUUUCGUAUCGCUUUUGUGAUCAACUUUGAUAUCCUUACAGAGAUAAAACCAUUCUUCAUCAAUAAUAUCCCAACAUGGCGAAACCAGUACCAAAAGACACCGAAUUAGAUGCAUGGAAAGAUGCACCGAACGUAGAUGCAUCUAUUCAUGGCAAACAACAACAACAACAACAACAACAUGAACGUGAAGAACCAUCCACGAAAAUAAAAAUAGUUCAAAACAUCGCCCUCGCAGAUGCGACAGCAAAACAAAAACCGAGUCUGUGGACAUGGAGAAUGGGUCAACUCUAUUUUAUUCUUUUCCUAGCCACGCUAAACGCGGCAGUCAAUGGAUACGAUGGGAGUGUGAUGAGCUCGAUCAAUUCGUAUGCGCAGUAUAGGAGUUACUUUGGAUUUGAUCUUACGGAGGGAACGCCGGCGACGGGCAUUGUGUAUGCAAUGUUUACGAUUGGGAAUUUGGUGGGGGCGGGGUUUGCGGGUCCGGCGGCUGAUUGGAAAGGAAGACGGUGGGGUAUGUUUUUAGGCGCGGGAGUUAUUAUCGUGGGAGCCAUUGUGCAAGCUACGAGCCAGAAUUUGGCGGCUUUCAUGAUUGGAAGGUUUAUGCUGGGUGUCGGCGCAGCAAUGGGUCCUAGUUCUGCGUUACCCUAUGUAAGCGAGAUGGCGCAUCCAUCUUUUCGAGGCGCGAUGACGGGUGUUUACACGACGUUUUACUUCGUGGGCGCUAUUCCUGGGACAUUCAUACCAUAUGCUACGAGCUACAUCAAUGGAUCUCAAGCUUGGAGAAUUCCGUUGUGGUUGCAGAUGACGUUUUCGGGAAUUGUGUUUCUUUUGGUGCUGUUCUUACCAGAGAGUCCAAGAUGGCUGGUAGCAAACGAUCGACACGAGGAAGCACUUACUAUCAUGGCCAAAUACCACGGCGAAGGCGACCGUAGUUCUCCUUUAGUGCAACUCGAGCUCCGCGAAAUGAUGGAGGAGAUCUCCAAAACGGGUGCGGAUAAACGAUGGUGGGAUUUUAGAGAAUUGUUUGAUUCGAGGGAAGUUCGUUAUCGUACUAUGUUGACUUGUGCGAUUGCGCUGUUUGGUCAGUGGACCGGGAAUGGUCCUGUUAGUUACUACUACCCCCAAAUGCUAGCAGGUGCAGGAAUAGAAAAUAAUCACACCCAAUUACUUCUCCAAGGCAUGCAAUCAGUCCUCUCCUUCAUCGGUGCCCUCAUAGGAGCAGCCUACACCGACCACUGGGGCCGGCGUCCCCAACUCCUCAUCUCCACCUCCCUCAUCUCCCUCCUCUUCCUCAUCAUACUAAUCCUCAACGCCCUAAACACAAUCACCGAUCCCGAUACUCAUCUCACAGUCGCUAAAUCAGCAGCAGCAUCCAAUGCUGAAAUCGCCAUGAUUUUCCUCUUCUCUUUUGUGUUUGCGGUGGGUUGGACACCCAUGCAGGGACUUUAUGCCGUGGAGGUAUUGAGGUAUGAGAGUCGAGCGAAGGGAAUGGCGGUUUAUACUUUGGUGGGAAAUGUGGCCGGGUUUUAUAACACUUUUGUGACGGGGAUUGCGUUUAGUGGGGCGGGGUGGAGGUAUUAUUAUUUGUUUGUAUUCUGGGAUUUACUCGAAGUGGCUUUCAUAUACUUCUUCUUCGUAGAAACAAAAGGUAGAACACUCGAAGAAUUAACCGAGAUUUUCAAUGCUGCCAAACCAGUCAAAUACUCGUUGAGGAAAUCGGAAGUGGUUAUUCAUGGCGAUGAAGGUGUAACUGAGGUAUUGGAGAAGGAAAUGGGAAAGGAAAUUUUGGGGUGAGGUGAGGUGAGGUGGAACAUUGAUAAAGAUAUGGGUAGUGGAUGUUGUUUGUGAUGGUUAGAGAUUCGGCGAUCGGUUUUCUGGAACUGAAUAGUAGUUAUAGAGAGAAGCGUUUAACGAUUUUGAGCAAUUUG